AUGAUUGCCCAGCUGAUUCUUUAUAUAGCAACAUUGUUGAUAAUGACUGAUAGUUUUCCCGGCGAUGGUUGGAUGCGACCGAUGGAAAAAGAUAUCAAUCCCAAUUGUUGGAAAUGUGAGCCAUCACCUGAGGAAUUGAAUGAAUGUAAUGAAAAUUUUCUAAUUCAUGGAAGGAAAUGCGGUAAAUUGCAAUCAAGAUUUGUCGAACGUGGCAAUCAUUGCAUUGUUGAAAUAUUAAAUUGUCAUUCGAAAUUUAGUAAUGUAUAUCAGCCUGAAGCAAAUUUUAUCAUUGCACUUGGUCGAUUAAUUGAUCAGCCUAACAAUGAUACCUCGUUGCGCUUUUUUCCAUUGAGCAAUCCUGUGGAAAUGAAAGAAGUGAUAAUAACAUGUACGCUAAAUGGUACCUGGGAAACAAUGCUAUCAAACGGUUAUCGAGUGGAAGUCAACGAGCUACAAUGUAUCACAUCCGGUUAUCAAUCAAUGAAUUAUAUCUCUCCGUACUUUAAUGAAAUAUAUCGUUAA